UGGGGCCCGCGUGGGCCAGACCCGCGCGCUGAGGGCGGCCCUGGGCUCGCGUCUCCCCGGGCGCCUCCUGGAGCCUCGGGGGCCGGGCCGGGGCCUCCUCGCGUCCGCCGCCCCGGGGCUGGCCACGGCUGCUCUUUCGGCCGGCCGCCGGCCCCAUGGAAGAGCUUUCCGGGAGGCCCCUCAGCUGUGCGGAGAAGGAAAAGUUGAAGGAAAAAUUAGCAUUCUUGAAGAGAGAAUACAGCAAGACAUUGGCCCGCUUGCAGCGUGCCCAAAGAGCUGAGAAACUUAGGAAUUCUGGUAAGAAGACAGCGGGAGAACAUGAUAGCUCAUUCCGGCAGGAAAUUUCUUCACAGUUAAACCACUCAGAAUCUAAAAUUAAAGUGUCUCCUUGUGAUCCAUUACAAAUCAGUACCCUUCUCGAUGAAGAAACUGGAGAAAAGACACCUGUCACUCUUGACAUUGAGCCUGUGUCCUUUAGCCCUGACAGUGACCCUUUGGAAGAAUUUUAUCUAGAAAAAACAGCUGUGAGCCAAGAACAUUUUUCCCACAGGGACAAUGUCCCUGAUGGUGAGAAACAGGUGGGUAGGCUGUCAGGGAGAAGAAAGCAGCAGAAGAGAACUUUGACUUCACAGGAGGUAGACUCUGUCUUUGGUGCUGAGUUCCUUGUUCUCUCUGGAAGAAGACGAAAGAAAGGAGAAGAAAUUGAUAGAGACAAUCCUAGGACCCCCACAACUGAAAUAAAAACGUACCUUUCAACUAAGUCUGACAACCCGGAUUCUCCAGCAGCACCCACAGAAGCCGAUGGAGAGAAUGUAUUAAUUUCACCAAUUGCCAAACCACAAAGAGAUGUGCUCUUAAGAGGAAAUCCUUCCCCCAGGGUGACUCCGCUUCCUUUGCAUACUCUCUUAGAAGGUAGUGGUGAUCGCAAGCACCUUGCACAUAAGCCACAAAAAGGAAACUGUGAACUCACUGCUCACAGUGUAAAAAACAUUUGCCCUAUAAACUCAGAGGCACAAGACAAAAACCUGACUAUCUUCAAAGAUAUCUCAGAGGAAAAUAAAGGUGGAAGUUCAAGGGACCAGCCGCCCAGAGGUCUUAACGUAGAGCCAGACAACUUUCCUUCUGUAAAUGAGCACCCAGAUGGUAACUUACUGGCACACAGAAACCAAAGCCUAAAUGAACAUCAUCACACAGAAACACUUGUAGAUUCUCCCGAUAAUGUUCGAAAGGGUGGAAAUGAGAGUCUUCAGAAACAGGUGAUUGGAAGUCAGUCUAAAAGUGUCAUCCCUGAAGGAACUGCUCCUGUUUCUUCAGAAAAUCAAGCACAUUCUUGCACAAUGAUCGAAGGACUUCUAUUUCCUGCUGAAUAUUAUGUUAGAACAACACGGCACAUGUCAGAUUCCCAGAGGAAAGUAGCCCUCGAGUCUGUAAUUCAAAAUCAUUUGGGUAUCAGGAAGAAAAUUUUGAGAAAUAAAAAGGAGACAACUAAAACUGUAAGUCAUUCCAACGAAGAAACUGGCCAGAGUGAAACUAGAACAUCUAACCUAGGCACAGGGCAACCAGCUUCAAGAGGACCUCAAAAACUCUCAUGGACUGAAGUCAGGUCUCCCCCGGAGAGCGCUAAAGAUGACUUUUUAAGGAAGCUGGUUUCCCAGCCAUUUGGUGGGAGACAGAGCGGAAAAAGAAAGUCAAGCAUCUCCUCCGUUUUAGAUCAUCAUGAACUGCUUUUGCCAACUUCUGGCACAUCAGCUGCUGCUAGGUCCAAGGGACAAGUUGUGCAUGAAGAAAAGACUCAAAACACAAUUGUUCAUGGCAAAGAAGUUUGUGGUCAAAAAGAAGAUUGUAUUUCUUUUAGCAGUGCACACUUAGCUUUGGAUAAUGAUACUUUCAGUGCUCCAUUUCUUAAGGACGAAAAGCGAAUUUUAAAGCAUCUGUCAUCCUUCCUCAAUGUCACAGACUUUCAGUUACCUGAUGAAGAUUUUGGGCUCCUUAAACUUGAAAAACUGAAAUCUUGCUCAGAAAAGCCAGUUGAACCUUUUGAAUCAAAGUAUCAAGAAGAACAGCUUGAGCUUAAAGAGGAAAAUUGGGUGGUUUUGGAGGAACAGACUCCUAAACAGGUAGAUAAAGAAAUGGAGGACUUGGAGGAGGUACUUAGUCCACCAAGAAAUGCGCAUCUUAAAACGUCAUCGUUGAGAAAACAGCCUCUGAAGGACCUCUCCUCGUCGAUUUUACUUUUCACCCCCGUAAAUACUGUUGUACCGGAUGAUGACAGACCAACAAGCCUGUGUUCACCCACUUUUCCCAUCUUGGGCACAACCCCAGCUCUGCUCUCCCAAGCACACUCUGAGAAAAUGCCUGCAGAGACUAUUCCACAGAUGAGCUGUACACCUUGUCUCUCUCACACAAAAGCCACAAGCAGCCCUUGUGGUAAACAUAACAGGCUGACCAGCUCACCGAAAUGUGAUGGCAUCCUCGACGGGUCAGGUAGGAAAGGACAGCCUGCCUGUGGUCCAGGCUCUCAAGCUACACCUCUGCCUACCAUGUUAGCUGCUUGCGAAGAAAAUCCACUAAAAGAUCUGUGCCUGGAACAUGCCACUGAACAGACUGACCCUGCAGACCUUCCUCCUUGUGAUAACUUAAAUCCAGGCAGCCUACAGUUGGUUUCAAAGUUGAAGAAUCCUUCAGGUUCCUGCUCUGUGGAUGUGAGUGCCUUAUGGUGGGAAAUAGCUGGUCUCAAAGAGCCAUGUAUAAUAACUGCUUGUGAAUAUGUAGUUUCUUUGUGGAGGCCUCUGGAUACCAUGCAAUGGGAAAAAGUUUAUUCCUGGCACUUUACAGAGGUUCCAGUAUUACAAAUAGUUCCAGUGCCUGGUCUUUGUAGUCUUGUAUGUGUGGCUUUGGGAAAUUUGGAAAUCAGAGAAAUCAGGGCAUUACUUUAUUCCUCAGAUGGUCACAGUGAAAGGCAAGCACUGCUGAGUUCUGGAAAUAUCAAAGCUGUGCUUGGCUUGACAAAGAGAAGGCUCGUCAGUAGCCAUGGGACCCAUUGUGACCAACAAGUGGAGAUCCUGACAUUUUCAGAAGAUGGAGGAAGCAAGGAAAAACAAUUUUUGAUGCCCCCUGAAGAGACUAUACUAACUUUUGCUGAGGUCCAAGGGAUGCAAGAAGCUCUGCUUGGUUCCACUAUAAUGAACAACAUUGUGAUUUGGAAUUUAAAAACUGGUCAGCUUCUGAAGAAGAUGAACAUUGGUGAUUCCUAUCAGGCCUCAGUCUGUCACAGAGCCUAUUCUGAGAUGGGGCUCCUGUUUAUUGUUCUGAGUCAUCCGUGUGCCAAAGAGAGUGAGCCCACGGGAAGCCCUGUGUUUCAGCUGAUUGUGAUUAACCCUAAGACGACCCUGAGUAUGGGAGUGAUGCUCUACUGUCUUCCUCAGGGGCAGGCGGGAAGGUUCCUGGAAGGGGACGUGAAGGACAGUCUUGCAGCAGCCGUAUUAACUUCUGGAAGAAUUGCCGUUUGGGACUUGCUCUUAGGGCAUUGCACCGUUCUCCUUCCACCUGUUUCUGACCAAAAUUGGUCCUUCGUUAAAUGGUCAGGCACAGAUUCUCAUUUGUUGGCUGGACAAAAAGAUGGCAAUAUAUUUGUGUACCGCUACUAAUAAGUUAGCGUGCGGUAAAAACAGUGUUCUGCCUCUCUGCAGCCUCUAGAGUACUCCUGGGAGUCGCAACUCUAGAGAGACUAUCUGAAUGGCAUUGAAAAUGCCCCAUAUCUGCAUUCAGAUAGAUUUGUUUAUUUAGAGUGGUGGCACUGCUGAUCCUGAGUAUUCAUUUACACUGGACUUCAAGGAAAAGGAUUUUAGGUUGAUUUCUCUUUAAGUUCUCACAUUUGCACAUUUGCUUUUAAAAACAAAGCUUCAAAUGUUAAUAAAUAUUUAUAUAUUCUGCUUGA